CAGAGGCAUGUGGCUCAUUUCUUUACACACAGUCGCUCCGACUUGGACUUUCUCUCUCUUCUAUCCGGCGACUCUCCGUCAGCUUCUCCGGCGACAUUGACUCCAUUUUUGCAAAUGGGUUCAACUCAUGCUCUUGUCUUGGUGGUGCUUGGUGGCUUCUUGAAUUUAUAGGGCUUUGAAAGUCUUUUCAGAUACUAGAGGCUGCUCCUACUCUUACGUCUCUUAAUCUGUAUCUCUAGGCACAUUCGAAUAUGUUUGGCCAGGAGAGAAUACUCUUGAUCUUUGUCGGGUUCUUGCUUUGUUCAGCUGUUGUCUCUCAAAUUCCCUUGGGUUCGAAACUUUCAGUAGUAGAAAACAAUCAUUGGUCCUCCUCCAAUGGGAAUUUUGCAAUUGGAUUCUUUAAUCGUUCAGAUCAGUACAGUAUUGGGAUCCAGUUCAAUUCAAACUCUAUCCCAAUUGGUCAACAAACUGUGGUUUGGGUUGCCGGAGCUGACCUUACAGUUGGCGACAAGUCUUACUUCCGGCUGACCCAAAAUGGAGAACUAGUUUUGUUUGAUUCCACUAGGGGAUUCGUUGUUUGGACAAGCAAAACUACCAAUUCAUCGGUUGCUUCAGCAGUUCUUCUUGACAGUGGCAAUCUCAUUCUUCUCAACAGAAAGCAAGAAAUCGUUUGGCAAAGCUUCGACACCCCAACAGACACGCUCCUCCCGGGCCAGAAUUUAUCUAUUUCCCAAUCACUUCGAGCUGCUAGCAGGAAUUCCAUGUCGAGUUACUACAGCCUUCGUAUGGACAUUUCAGGUCAUUUGCAACUCCGGUGGGAAAGUCAUGUCGUCUACUGGACCAGUGGAAAUGGAAUCCAUUCUCAAUCAAUUCUCCGAGCCAUUCUCAACUCUGAUGGAAUCUUGCAGCUUCUUGACCGAAGAUCCAAACCUGUUUGGUCUGUGUUUGGAGAAGAUCACAAUGAUUCAAAUGUGAAACUCCGGUUUCUUAGGCUAGAUGUUGAUGGAAAUCUUCGGCUCUACUCAUGGCUCGAUGUUCUUAGGUCAUGGAGACCGGUUUGGCAAGCUGUUGAGAAUCAGUGUAAAGUUUUUGCAACGUGUGGCCUCUCUGGCAUAUGUGUCUUCAAUGCAUCAAGCUUCCCUGUAUGCAAAUGCCCGUUUUCAUCAACAACCGAUUCUAACUCAAAAUGUUUGGUUCCAUAUGGACAGGACUGUAAAUCCGGUUUCAUAAUGACUAGAUACAAUCACACCUUCCUAUAUGGAAUUUACCCACCAAACGAAACAAUUGCGCAAACUAGUUUGCAACAAUGCAAGAGUUUGUGUGAAAAAGACCCGCUUUGCACUUCUGUGACCUUCGUGAAUGAUGGGACUGCACAAUGCCAAAUCACAAAAACUCAGUACAUCACUGGUCAAUCAGACCCAUCUUUAAGUUCAAUAUCUUUCGUUAAGAAGUGCUCCGAUCCAAUUGCUGCUUUACCCAUAUCCCCUGUACAUGAUACUUCACCGAAACAGUUGAAUAGGCUGUGCAUUCCUUGUCUAAUUGGAGUGGCUUCGUGCACAAUUGUCGUGUUUUUUCUAUUUCAACUUGGAAUUGGAUUCUGCAUCUACAAGCGAAGGAAUUAUAUCAGGACGAAAGCUGCUUUAGCUUACACGGGCCCUAACUCAAACGGUUUGAUCACAUUAUCCUAUGCUGAAAUCAAAGACCUUACGGGGAAUUUCAAGCACCGAAUUGGGCCAAAUAUAUUCGAAGGCAUGUUUCCAGAUAACCAGCUCGUUGCAGUCAAAGAACUGAAAGCGGGCAUUGAAGAAAGGAUGUUCCGUUGCGUUGUUUCAAAAAUAGGAACUAUUUAUCACAAAAGCCUUGUAAAGCUGGAGGGCUACUGUUGUGAGUCGAAUCAUAGAUUUUUGCUGUACGAGUUUGCCAAGAAUGGCUCACUCAGACAAUGCAUAGAAAACCGUAAGGCGUGCAAGAGGCUGACAUGGAGAAAGAGAAUGGAGAUCUGUGUAACCGUGGCGAGGGCCAUUUCAUACUUGCACACACAGUGCAGGGAGUUUGUAAGUCAUGGAAAUCUAAAAUGUGAAAACGUGGUUUUGGAUGAAAACUUCGACGCCAAGGUGAGUGAAUUUGGGUUGGCAUUUGACAAUGGUGGAGCAGCAGAUGAGGAUGUGAAAGAUUUUGGCAAGAUGGUGGUGGAAUUGGUGAGUGGGUGUCGAGAAGCUGACAAUGUUUGCUAUUGGGCUUAUGAGAAGUGGGUAAAAGGAGAGGCGGAGAGUAUAGUCGAUGGAAGAAUAGAAGGCAUGAAGGAUUUGGAAGAGUUGGAGCGAGCACUGAGAAUUGCUUUUUGGUGUUUGCAAAUUGACGGGCAAACAAGGCCUUCCAUAGGGGAGGUUAUUAAGGUUUUAGAAGGAACUUUGACUGUUGAUCCCCCACCACCUCCUUUCAUUUGCCGGAGGCCCCGAGAGGAGGAAGAAGAGUUGUCAGAAUCUGGACCAGAGCUUUAGAACACAAAAAUGGUAUGGAGAUUUAUUUCCUUUAUCUCAUUUUCUCACUCUCUCUUUGUAUAGCGGAGCUAACUGCACGGUGGGAACAGCUUGAAGUCAUGUAGCAAUGGCUAUGAAUUUUGGCCCCAUCUUGAAAGCUAGUCACAUUUGGUAGAUGUAAUAUAGAUUUUUGUUUUUGGGAAGUGAUUGAAUCUUUUGAUGUUGGUAUUUGAAUACAA